AUGACACUGUUCUAUGCUGGCUUCCUCAUGGCUGAGCUGGAUAUUCGGCGGAGUGCUGCAAAGGCAUCGUAUAAGAGCGACUCAAGUAACACGUCAAAGUGCUUCUGGUCCAUCAUCUACAUUAUUAUCUUCAUGGCUGGAGUUUUCCUAUGCGGCCAGCCUGAAAGAAACGUCGAAAACACUUACCUGUGGUCUACGAUUAUCCCUCUAGUACCCAAUUACAUCAUCGACAGAUGGAGAUACUGGACAUCCUGGGGAGCUCUUUUAAUUGUUUACUCAACAUCGAACGACGAACUACUUCAAUGUCUGUUCACAAACCGUGUAUCGCAGUAUCUGGGCAAGAUUUCUUUCUCUUUGUAUCUGGUACACGGGUUUAUCAUCCAUACCAUGGGCUAUAGCUUGCUAGAGAUCUCUUGGAGUCUCAUCGGCGAGGAGAAGAAGGAGACCUGUUUUAUCUUCAUGGCCACUUGUGUCAUUGUGACAACAGUUUGGUGGGCUGAUGUGUUCAUGCGGUUGGUAGAUAUACCGUCCGUCAAGUUUGCAAAGUGGCUGGAAGGAAAAUGUGCUGCUAAGAAACCGAUGGAAAUCAAGGAGGAGCCUGCGUGGCGAGAUGCAAGCACUCUUGUGUAG